AACCAAACCCAGCCAUGUCAACCGACAAUGCCUCCAAGAAGCGCAAGCACUCCUCCAGCCAGUCGGUCUCAUCCAAGAAACCUCGCACUCAAGGAAAUCCCACCCUGCUUGGCCCGCACGAAGCCAUCCUCAAGGAACUCUCCGCCAAACACAAUGUCCUCCCACUCUCCGUCCUCUCGUCCACGCAGAUCCGCAAACGCGUUUCCAGCGCAACAUCCCAUCUUCUCGACAAGUCUACAGAGUCUCGGGCAGUUCUGCUCCAUGCGCGCCCUGCAGACGUCUGCAAAAUGAUCACGGUGGCGGAGCAAUGCAAAAGAGUGCUGGGGGAGCAGGGCCGAGCCUGGUUUCAGUAUAACGAGCUAUUCGAUCUGCCUCCAGAGGCUAAGAAGAAAAAGAAUAACGUUCCAGAGGGUGGAGAUGUGGAAGAGGAGGCUGAGGAGGACUCCGACAGCGAUGAGGGUGCGUUUGAAGCCAUGGAAAGUCGAUUCGAACAGGCCGUGCUGCCGCCUCCGCGGGCUCGAACAUACAAGUCUCUGAGGAUAUUCAUUUCACGUCAGGCAAUCGCAGAACUCAAAUCGAAGGAAAACGUAACGGUACAAGCAAGCGAAGACACUACACAAUAGACAAGGUUGCGGAUAUUACGGAGCAUUGGAUUUGGUUUCGGCCACCUGGGUCUGGAGGGAGGAAGAAAAAUUUUCACAUGGUUACAGCAAUAUGAUACCCGAUUUUUG